AUGGGUUCUGAUACGAACGUCGCCGUACACGUAAACUCUACCGGUAAACGUGCAAUUGAUUUUCCUCUCGACGUCCUGAUCAACAUCUUCGAGUUGGUCUACCCCGAAUCCCGCGAACCCUUCGUUAGCGUCAAAACCAAACAUCGCCCACUCUUCAGUUGGGAGGAGGAAACCCGCACAUGCUGGAAGGACGAAGAUCCUCUGUCUCCCACAUUCUUCCCAGAGGCGCUCGCCGCGGUGUGUCCAUCGUGGAGAGCAGCGCUCUCUCAAAUCUCCGUAUUUUGGACGCGCAUCGUAAUCGUUGUCGAUGACGAGCCCACCCCCCUAUCGACCGUACGCACGUCUCUUGCACUCUCCGAACCUCAUUUUAUCGACAUUAUCAUUUGUCGGCGACAUGAUCACGACCUCAAUAGUACCGCGGCCGAGCGAGCAUAUAUCGACGCGGUUAUGGCACUCCUGGAUCCGCAUAAGCAGCGCUGGGGAAGCCUGCACAUCGACCUUCGCACAUCGUUAGAGUCGCCUUCACCCAUCACGCUGAAUGGCGACGCUCAUUCCCUGGUCGCUCUGAACAUAGAUUCUACUGAGGAUGCGAAUAUUCAAAAUAGCCCCGGAUUUUGCUUCCAUGGCCCUCAGCUGCUGAAGUUGCAUAUGGGCGGCCUCGCAGUUAGCCGCCACUAUCUCGUAAUGCCAAAGAGAUCUCUUCUCUGA